AUGCCUCCCGCCAUCGCCAGCAAGACCGCGGCGGAUGAAGCCAAUCCCGAGCAGCUGGUGCAGCCACGCAUUGUGACAUUCGAAACAGAAAGGCUGCAAAUGAAAACCAUGUCCAUGGACGAUGUCGACGGCAUCCUCCCGAUUCUCCAGCACGAAUCGGUGAUGCAGUGGACAUCUCAUCCCCCGGUGCAGAACAGAGAUCAGGCUGCACGAUGGGUCAGUUCUCGAGCCCUUGGCCGCCACGUCUUCAACUUCUGUAUCCGAGAGAAAUCGCCAUGUGGUGCGGCGACUGCAUCAUCCCGAAUCGUCGGGAUGGUGGGCGCUUUCCACUGGCCAAUGGUCGGCUACAUGAUUCAUCCAGAUUUGCAGGGCAAAGGGUACGCGACCGAAGCACUGAAAGCCUUCAUACCAAGGUACUGGGAACGCGUCCCAGAAGGCACUGCGGGUGGUCACGAUGUGCUUGAAGGCUACACCGACUCGGAGAACUUCGCCUCGCACCGCAUCCUCGAGAAAUGCCGCUUCACACGCUGCGAAAUUUCAUUCCAAGAUUUUGAGAGCCCGAGUAUGGGACUGCGAGACAGCGUAGCGUUUCGACUUGCGAGGCCGGGCAAGAUGAUGGCUGAUCUUGGACUUGAUCCGGACGCGAAAGAAGAAGAGCCUCCCGAGCCGCCGGUGCAGUGA